CGCGGACGGCCCUUCUUCAGCCCGGCUGGGCUCGCUAAAUUGCUUGGGUGUUCCCGCUGGUGGUUAUCUUCCCAGGGUUGUCUUCCGGCAAUGUAUGCCUGGCAGCGCCGUCCGCCGUCCACCGUCCACCGUUCACCGUCCAGACCGUCUGCUGGCGUCCGCCCACCGACGUCACUCUUGCGCCUCACAAUCCACUUGGGGCAGCAGUUCCUGACCGGGGUUGUCCCAAACCGAUCAGCCGCUCGUUCAACCGUGUUUGUUCGACGUUGCCUCCUGUCUGCCAGUGCCGCUCCGUCCACUCGCACUCACUCGCUCACUCGCCCGAUCUUGGAAUUUACUCCCCCAACCCACAACUUCUUGUCUGCCCGAUUCUGCAACGGGUGCAGAAGCAUUCCAGCCCACACCCCAGACUGUCGGGACCCGGGAGGAGCAAGGAAUACAUGCAUGAGAAGUGCACGUGCUGACAAAGCCGUGUGCCAGCAAAUAAUCUGCACUGCGCAGCGACACAGGCAGAACUCGGUCGUGGACCCUGAGUCGUGAUCGUGAUCUUCUUCAGUCACUCACUCACUCACCCACUCAGCCCGCUUGCUUGCCCACGCCCUCCAACCUGGCCUCAACCAGUGCGCGACAAGGGGGAGGUCCGGUUCAGAACAGCCCGGCGCUGGGCUCUAUUAGGAGGCAGCGAGGGCGUCGUGAAGUCGUGAACCCACCCUGCUCACCCCAGCCCUGGGCCUGAUAGUCCCCGGUCUCAUGGACGCAGACCGUGGUGGUGAUGGUAGCAGCAAUCGCAGCAGCAAGAACAACGGCAACAACAGAAACAGCGGGAACAGCAGCAGCUCUGUUGAUGCGGCCGCGGACCAGAUGGAUGGGCUCGAUGCCUUGGGUAUCAGGGAAGUCCUCGACGCCGACUCACGCCCGACCUUCAUCAUCGACCUGGACCCGGACCAGCCCUCGCGCAGCGUCAGCACCUGUGUCUCACCCGUCUUCUGCAAUGCCGCCCUGCGCUCUCACGACCGACUGCUUGAUGCCGUCCUGGGCCGUGACACACCUGCCACCACUGCACCGCCUCCGCCACCACCACCAGCAGCAGUCGAGGCCAUCGCCGAGCCCUCGGAUUCAUUAUCAGCAUCUAUCCGUCCCGCCUCAGCCUCGGGACCGCCCCUGCCUGACCUCGACUCAGGCUCAGGCCAUCACGGCCCUGACCCCGGCGGGAGUCAUCACUCACUGCGCCAAAGCCAUGAUGCCUUCAAGCUUUGGGUGACUGGCGUCACCACCCAUGAUGACUCCAAGGAUGUCUUCCCCCUCUCAUAUAUGUACCACGAGAUGCUCUGGACCGGAUCCACAGUGCGCAAGCGGUGGCGCAUCAUUAGCGGUAACCGACUAUGGCGCGCUGAUGUCCCCGUGGUCAACCUGGCAUCUGGGGCGCCCCUCGAGGUUGCCACCGGUGGCUCGCGCGCAAGCCAGGCCACCAAGAAGAGCCCUGAAACCCUUGGUGCAAGCCUCGAGUCCCUUGCCCACGACCAAGCUUCCGGCCAGCCCAUGGUCGUGUCUUCUUCUUCGCCCUCCGCGCCCCAUACCUCCUCCGACCCCGUCUUCUAUCCCAGGACAUCGGUCAACGGCUCAGUCCUGACCGGUUCCUCAAAUAAGAACAUAGCCAUUGACCUCGCCACACUGCCAGAGAGGGCUACUAUCGACUGGACCGUGCCCAACCCCGAAGGCCAGAUAUCCCAGCACCUGCAGUAUGUGCGUGCAGUCGACUGGGGCGCCACCUCCCUGGGCCCCAUGCAUUCUUGGUCGGCAGAGUUCCGUCAAAUUGCUAACCUCGUCAUGACUAACCCCCAUCCUGCGGCCCUGUUCUGGGGCAGCAAGCUGACCGUCAUCUACAACGAGGCUUACGCCAACGAGGUUGCCGGUAACAAACACCCCACCCUCCUAGGAACAGAGUUUGCCGACUUCUUUGCUGAGAUCUGGGACUACUGCGGCCCCCUAUUCGAGGAGAGUGGCCGUACUGGAAUUAGCGUUCGCAGGGACAACGACCCAAUCUCCAUCUACCGGCACGGGAUGCUGGAGGAGACGUACUACUCCUGGACCUACGUACCCAUCUACGCGUCCUCAAACCGGGAGCUCCUUGGCUUCUACAACGGGCCUUUCCAGACCACCAGCCUCGUUCUGAACCAACGCCGCAUGCGGACGGUAAAUCGGAUCGGCGAACGGGCCGGACAUGCAAAGACCAUCAAGGAGUUCUGGAAGCUUGUGCUCGAGGGUCUCGAGGACAACCCCUGGGACGUACCCUUUGCAUUGCUCUACUCCGUCGGCGAGGAUAGUGACGACGAGCACUCGUCAACCGCCUCCGAGAUAUCGAUAUCCCUCAAGUCAUGCCACUUUGAAGGGGCCCUGGGCGUUCCGGACGGACACAUCGCGGCACCACAGCAGCUCGAUCUGAGGCGCAGUCUAGAAGGCUUCGUGCCCUCGUUCCGGGAGGCUAUGCGGACCAGGGAGCCCACCCUCCUGCGCGUCAGGGACGGCACAUUGCCCGAAGCCCUGCUUGAGGGCAUCGAAUGGCGGGGGUUCGGGGACCCCUGUAAAGAAGCCAUCAUCUUCCCGGUGCGCCCCACAAACGCAGACAAUGUCCUCGCGUUCCUUGUCUUGGGCGUCAACCCGCGUAGGCCGUACGACAACGAGUACCAGGCCUUUGCGACCAUGUUCAACCGACAGCUUGCAACCUCCCUGGCCUCGACGAUUCUGUUCGAGGAGGAGACCCGCCGCAGCAGAGAUGCCGUCGAGGCCGCGCAGUUGGAGAGGGUGAAGCUGACGCAGCAGUUGGACCUCCAGGCCAGUAGGCUGCGUCGUAUGACAGAGUUAUCGCCUCUGGGAAUGUUUCUGAUAUCUCCGGAAGGCGUCCUGCGGGAAGCAAAUGACAGGUUCUUUGAGAUGACGGGCCACACCAGAGACUCGCAGUAUGAAAUGUCAUGGAUGGACUUCAUCAUGCCCAGCAGCACACGAACGAUGGACGAUGGCUGGCACCGGCUCGUCAACGAACAUCGGCCCUGGUCAGGCGAGCUGCAGUUGAAGAUUCGCAAGGCAAAACCUCUGAACCUCCACGGAGAGGCGGUCGACUACUGGUGUAUGUUCUCAGCGCAGCCCGAGAUAGCAUCGGACGGGUCUCUCCGGUCCGUGAUGGGGUCCAUUACCGACAUAUCUCAUAUGAAAUGGGCACAGGGGCUGCAGGAGCACCAGCUCAGAGAGGCUGAGGAGACGCGCAGGCAGCAGAACGAAUUCAUCGACAUCACCUCGCACGAGAUGAGGAAUCCCUUAAGCGCCAUAUUACAGUGCGCGGACGACAUCACAGCGGCGCUAAGUGAGUGCCGGAAGAGGUCGACAAAAAUGACAAGCGAUACCCUCGAGGCUUGUUUGGACUCGGCGCAGACAAUCUCAUUGUGCGUACAGCACCAGAAAUCCAUCGUGGACGACAUCCUCACCAUCUCGAAACUGGACUCCAACCUCCUGCUCAUCACCCCUGUCGUGACCCAGCCGAAGCAGAUCCUGAACCGCGCCAUCAAGAUGUUUGAGUCUGAGUUACAGGCGAAAGACAUCAAGGCGAGACUCGAGACUACCCCUUCAUAUACUGACCUAGAUGUCGACUGGGUCAUGGUCGACCCAAGCCGCGUUUUGCAGAUCUUGAUCAACCUUCUGACCAACGCCAUCAAGUUCACAGCCCCAUCCAAGACCCGCCUGCUGACCGUUGCCGUUGGCGCGUCUCUGGAACCACCGGCGCUGGAUCACAUACCAGGCUUCCAAUACGUUCCGAUCAACACCAGAGUCCCCGUCGCAGCGUCCGAGGACUGGGGCAGGGGUGAGCUCCUGUACAUUAGGUUCAAGGUCCAGGACACGGGCUGCGGCCUCACUGCGGAAGAGAAGCAGAUGCUCUUCCAGAGGUUCAAGCAGGCCUCGCCCAGGACUCACGCGCAGUACGGAGGCAGCGGCCUGGGCCUGUUCAUCUCCAAGCGGCUAUCCGAGCUGCAUGGAGGCCAGAUCGGCGUCUCGUCCAGCGCCGGGUCCGGGAGCCUGUUCAGCUUCUACGUGCAGGCAAGGAGGGCGGAGCCUCCAAGCGAGGAGCUGGACCAGAAGCUCCCCAUCGAGCGGCACAUGGGCGGCGACGCGACCCUGCGCCACCAGCUCACGCCGCAGCGCCAGGACCUAGCCUCCGCGGGGGGGCCGGCCGCCAGCCUGGUGGCGACACGGGCGAGGCGGACGAUAGACCCGACGGCGGUGCACAUCCUCGUCGUCGAGGACAACCUGAUCAACCAGCGCGUGCUGGCCAACCAGCUCAAGAAGAUCGGGUGCACGGUGAACCUCGCCAACGACGGCAUCGAGGCGCUCGAGUUCCUCCAGCAGACGCGCCUGUACAAGUCGGACUCGGGGGUGGUGGGCAGCACGCCCUUGGACGUUGUGCUGAUGGACUUGGAGAUGCCACGCAUGGACGGCCUCACGUGCGUGAGGGAGAUCCGCAAGAAGGAAGAACAGGGCGAGAUCGUCAAGCACGUGCCCGUGAUCGCGGUCACGGCCAACGUGCGCGACCAGCAGGUGGCGACGGCCAAGGAGAGCGGCAUGGACGACGUGCUGUCGAAGCCUUUCCGGAUCCCGGACCUGCUCAAGAAGGUCGAGGUGCUGCUGCUGGCCGAGACGGCCCAGGCUGAGGCGCACAUCCCUUGAGAGAGAGAAGGAACGUGGGAAGUACGUGUGUGUGUGUAUGUGUGUGUAUGUGUCCUCAAAUACCCUAGGGCACGGAGCAACGCCUUCUAGAGGUUGCAUUGCCAGCAUGAAAGGCCACAUUCUGUGGACGUAUGUUGUCUUUUAGCGAAGUUUAGGAGUUUAAAGACAUUGAACAAGGUGAUCAGAAGAGAAGAAAUCUUCAUCGCAUGUGGGCUUCGGAAUUUGAGAAAAAACGGCCUUCCUACAUGAGGUGGGAAUACCAGGGUAGAGCGGAAAUGAUUUCUCAGCUACUUAGCCAUGAUAUAUCAAUACCCAUUUGAUUA